AUGGAUUUGCCUAAAAAUCUCAAGGAUGGAAAUAGAGAUACUUUUCGCAAUGGUUGCCAUUCCGGGCAAUACGAUGGAGUAGCAGUGAUAAUCAGAUGUGAAGAUGCUUAUAAAUACACUAGUCGUUUUGACACCGAUCUUAUCAAAUCUCUGCCGAAAUCAGUCAAAUUCAUAUGUGCUCCUCAGGUUGGUUACGAUCAAAUGAAUGUCAAUACCUGCACUAUUCGAGGCAUCGCUGUUUCAAACUCCCCGGCGAAUAUUGGUAAUGCAACAGCCCAUGCUACUAUAUAUCUUUUGCUCGGUGCUUUACGUCGAUCAUGGAUUUCUUCUUUGUCCAUCCAAAAUGGCCAAUGGCGUGGGUAUGCUAGGCUAGGACAUGAUCCGGAAGGAAAGGUUCUUGGGAUUCUCGGCAUGGGCAAUACACCUCCAGGCACUAAGUACGUUUCCUUUGAAGAACUUCUCCGGACAAGCGACAUCAUUUCAAUACAUCUUCCACUCUCGGAUGAUACUAGGUACACGCUCGGCUCGAACGAAUUUGCACAAAUGAAGGAUGGGGCCAUUCUGAUUAAUGCUUCGCGCGGGCCUAUAAUUGAUGAGCAAGCUUUGGUUGAUGCACUUGAGUCCGCAAAUGAGAAUGUUGUCCUAACUCCGCAUAUGGCUGCUGGCACUGUCGAAACAAUUCACAAAUCAGAAGCCCUUGCUAUGUCUAAUGUUCGGAACGCACUUCAGCAUGGGGACGUUAUUGACGCAAGUUCGUGA